AGGCGAUUUACGGCCAGCCGUAAAGUGUUGGUCCAAGGAAGGUUAAAGUGACUCUGAACAUUAAGGACCAUGCCGUUUAUCGAUCUUCAAUCGAGGUUGGGCAUCAACUUGGACCGAUGGUUUCUGGCCCAGAGUGGGGAGCAGCCCUACAAGCGGGCAGCCCGGUGCCAUGCCUUUGAGAAGGAAUGGAUCGAGUGCGCUCACGGCAUUGGCCAGACCAGAGCAAAAAAAGAAUGUCAAAUCGAGUUUGAAGACUUCUAUGAGUGCAUGCACCGAGACAAGACGAACAAAAGGUUGUAUGAGAUUCGGAAGGAGAGAGAUAGGAAGGUAAAGGAGAAGACCUACUCACCACCUCCACACCACACAGGAAGUGAAGAGCCUAGGCCCUGAACCCUAUCCUGUGGACAGGGACUGACUUGUGUAUUAUAAUAAUAAUUGUUGUAUCAUCAUUGUUUUUCUGUCCUAUUCACAUUUAGGAAAUAAAUCUAAUUGAUCCUGACCCU